AUGAAAUUGUCCGCAAUGGCAAAAACUUUGCUGUCGUUAGCUUUUUUUACAAUCGUCAUUAAUAAUGUUUUGGCUAGCCCUUCAUCUGGCGACAUAGACCUGAGUCAAAUAAAUGUUAACGACCUUAAGCAAAACUUACCUGCAGAGUUUGCCAAUACGAAUCUGACACUGGACGACGCUAAAACUCUACUACGCGACAAAUGUGUGGAAGUGGCUGGCAAAGAAAAGGGCGAGGCGGCGUAUACGGAUAUUGAAAACGCUGUAGCAACGCUUACUGAAUGCGGUACGAAUAUACUUAACUACACCGCACUGCAAGCGGAAAUCGAAAAAGCAAGCCCGGAUGGCGAAUUAGAUGUCGUUUUCAAUAAAUAUUGUAACAAACAGCCCGAAGCUCUGAACUGCAUUAGUGAAUUCAACAAUAAAUUAGCGGUAUGCUUGGACAAAGAGGAGAAGGAACAUCAAGAUGUAUUCAUGCGCAUCGUCAAAAGUCUACUCAGUUUCAUAUGCCACAAGGGAGGUGAUCAAAUAGCGCUAUUUAUUGCAGAGAAAGGACCCGAGUGUCUGGAUUCAAAGAAGGAUGACAUACAGAAUUGUAUCAACAGCACAUUCUCUGGUUAUAUCCCGAAAAAUGGCAUUGAGAAUAUCAAAUCAUUACCAAAAUUCGUAAUGGGCAUGAAACAAUGUGGCGAAAUGGAGGAGCUGGAAAAGUGCAUUGUGCAGAAGUUGGAGACAUGCAGUGAGAUUACACCAGCUAAUAUUGUGGAAUCAAUGUUCCGCUUUAUUAAAAAUGAAACGAUCUGUCACAAUGCACCGCGUGUAGCAAAACAAGCAUCCAUAACAAGUGGUGUAAAUAGUAGUGCAAUGCUACAACAGCUUGGGGGCGUAAUGUGGCUGAUAGCUGCAAGCUUAUUGCACCAAAUUAUAAAACGUGUGCAGACGUAGGUUGUCGCGUACACAUAUUAUUACAAAUACUAAUUCAAGCAAAUAGUAAUGUGAUGUACAAAAAUACCCCCUAUAAUUCGUGUAUACAUUAUAUGCACACUCCUUUAAAUGAAUCAUUUUAAUAUUUUUUAUAUUUUUUUGCACCAUCCGAUAUAGUAAUUGUAAAGGUAAUGCGGAAGUAUUUCGUGCACUAGUGACACGUUUGUAAAUGGGGUACUUGUAAAUUUGCAGAAUUAUAGGUGCCGUAUGAUUAUAAAAGCAAAUUUGAGAAAUUUUACAAAUUUGAAUCUCAUAAGGCACAAAUACCACACAUACUACUAUAAACAUAUUUUUUAGGUCCUUAAUUAUUUAAGACUUAAUUGUUUUUUAUUUACGCUACACAACCUAUAAAGUAAUCUCUAGAAAGGGUAUUUUGCCAAAAUCAAAUUUAACAAAAAUCUCAUUUUAAACAUUUAUUUGAAAUAUGUUCGAAAAAUAUUAAAAUACGAAAAUAUAUAAAUACGAAAACAACUAUGUAAGGUCAAUCAAAAUGUAUUUUGUAUUGAACCAAAUAGCUGCGAUAACACACUAAAUGUCGUGAAACAAAUUCAAUCGAAGUACAUACAUGCCAAAUGCAAUAAAUUAAUGUUAAUGGCUUAUUGUAUACGUGUGUGUGUACAUAGGGAUAAUGUGCGAAAAAAUAUUAAGUGUGUAUUAUAGUUAAGUAGAAGGUUUGUACUUUUGUUAGCAACUACAUAUGUAUGUAAGAAUAAUGUAAAACGUAGUAGUUACUACCUGUAAUUGAAAUUGAUUUAUUUCAAUAAAGCAAAAUACAAUAUAUGAAUACUAUAA